CCAUUCUUCCCCUUUCCCGUGAAAAAUAGAUCGUGUUCCACUAUCUCGACCAUCGCUCCUCCCGGCUCUCGCCGCCGGCAUACGCUCUCUCCAUCCCUCUCUAGUCGCGUCCGACUCUAUUGCCCUUGCCAGGCCGCAUGCUGCCGCGAACUUCUCCCCCGCCGCGGCGUCCACCACUGCUCAUGAGCGCCACGCUGCGCCGUGCCGCGACGACCUCCUCACCCUCUGCUGUGCAGCUGGAGCUCCCCAAGGCCUAAGGCUUCGCAUGCCUCGUCCUCGUCCGGAGACUGGAGAGAAGAAGAAGCAGCUCCUCAUCUUCCUUCCCCUCUCCCUCAGCAAGUAAUAAGUACUAUUAAUCUCAUAGAUAGAUCUCUCAUCUGUUUAUCAUAUCCCUGUUCUAAAGGGAUAGGAUUCCUAACAAUAAUCAUAGUACCCAGUCUGGGUCGGAAUCAGUGUCAGUGUCGAGGUCGGGGUCGGGGCCGGCGCCGGCGUUGGUUAUAUUUAUCUUCCUGCAUCAGCAGCGUAUGGAGGACCCGUGAUCGGUCUUGUUUUGUUGCCUACCUAUAGCAGCAGGCAGCAGCAUCUCGUAUGGAGGGCGAGACAGCGGCCAAGCGGAGGAAGUUGGAGCACCACCGCGGCCUCAGCGACGCCGACGCGCCAGGGCUAUCUUCCUUCCACAUGGAAGACCUCCCCGAGGGAAUUCAACCUCUUAUCUUGUCACUGCUUUCACUGAAAGAGGCUGCAAGGACAAGCAUUGUGUCGAGAAAGUGGAGAAUGAUCUGGACACGCCACCCUAAUCUCUGCUUUGAUGGCACCAAAAAGCGGCCCAAUUAUGAGGAUUGUGUCAAAAUAGAAAGAGCAAAGUUCAUUGAGACAGUCAAUUCUGUUGUUCAGCAGCACAGCGGGAUAGGGCUCAAUAAGUUCAGCAUCAGGUGCAGCCUUCCAAAGAAUUCCUCCGAUCAUCUUGAUAUGUGGAUUCGCUUUGCCGCUGCAGCAAAGGCGAAGAUUAUAGAUAUUAACCUAUGGUCAAAAAGGUAUAUUGGAGGACCAAUCAAAGAACAGUAUCUCUUCCCUCUUGAGAAUUUAGGUGCUCAAGAUGGCCCUUUUAUCCAGGCCUUGUUUCUCACUGAUAUUUCUAUAAAGCCGCACUUGGAUAUGCGUGGCUUUACAAAACUUAGAAGGCUUCUUUUGGACUUGGUCCAUAUAACUGGAGAUCUUCCAGGCUUGCUAUCAAAUUGCUGUAGUCUUGAGGACUUGGAGCUCAUUGCGUGCUCGGGUGUCACUGAUCUGAAUAUACCACACCGGCUGGAUAAACUUAGGCAUUUGCUAAUCUCCCACAUGGACAUCCAGAUGGUUGAUUUUCAUGUCACCGGUCUUGCUCAUUUUGAGUACAAGGGUGGUGUGAUUCCUAUACAGCUUCAUGGUUGCUCCAAGUUAGAGAAGGCAACAAUAACAUUUAAACAAGACAAUAAAACACUGGGCCAUGCGUUUACUGCGAUUCCCAGUAUUUCAGAGGUCAAGGUGCUAAACAUGCAUGCUGAUAUGGAGGCUUAUCAUCCAGUCUGGGUCUCCCAGGGGCAUAUGGUGACAACGAGACCAACAUACAUGUUUGCAAAUUUGAGGCAUCUGACUUGUGAAAUAAAGAUCUUCACUCGUGGUCCCAAUGAACACAGUGGACUUCUCCAACUGGCUCACUAUUUGAGUUUUGCACCCCAACUGGAGACACUGCAACUACAUAUGCUGUAUGAGAUUUGCCGCUUCAGCUGGGAAGGGGAGGCAACGGGGGAAGAAGCAGCCUCUUGCAUGCGCCGCCUGGACCGCCUGAAGACGGUCUACAUGAGUGGGUUCCGGUGCUACCGGCCUCAGGUGGAGCUGUUGUGCGGCAUCCUGGCCAAGAGCCCUGCGCUAGAGCAUGUGACCCUGCAACCCAAGGUGAUGCUGGCAUGCGCGCGCGUGCUCAACAUGUGCAUACUUGAGUAUGAGAUCUGGCGGUGGGCUCGUUCUGCCUCGGAACGGUUUGGUAGGGCGAUCACUGUCGUGCGAUCCGACGGAUGUUGUCGUGAGGACGAACAAGUGCGUCCAUGCUCAGUCUGAUCUGAAUCCCAGAUGAGCAUAAGCUGUGUCUGUGCUAGCUUUAAGACGGUAAAAUUAAGAUGUAGAUGGUUCUGGACCAGUAUUUUUUACAUUGUCUGAGAACCUUUGGUGUUCCAGGUUUUGGUUGGUGGUUAUCAUGAGUAGUUGAGAAUAUGAAACUCUGCAGCAGAUGGUAUGUGAAAGAAAAUUUGUCCACUUUUUUCUCCUGUUGGUGACAUGCAUUGCGAGGUUAUGUGUGUUCUCCUGGGCGGGAAGCUGUCACUGUGUUUUUCUUUUGUCCAAUUUGUGUAAAAUAAGAUUCGGUCAUGUAUCCAUGCCAUCCUGCUGUCCCUGCUUCCGCAUCAGGACUCUCCAGGCAACUGUUUAGACUUAUAGUAUGUACUGCCUAUCAUUUCAUAUGGUUAAACUGCAAUUGGGUUUUUGUUUUGGAAUC